GAGUGCAGUGCCCUGGUCAUGAAGAGGAAUGUGCCGGGGGGCGGUUCGGGCCGCCCAACCUCAGGCUGUUUGCCCGUACCUCUGUUCAAUCAGAAAAAAAGAGUCCGGCAGCCCUUCACGUCCAGCCCGGGAGCUGCAGCAGACACUCAGGAUUUUCCUCCACUGCCAGCAGAUUUCGUCUGGGAAAUGACAAAACCCGAGGCGCCUCCAUUAAAGAAGAUGAUGAAUGCCAGGCAACAGCCACCGCCUGAACAUCACCUUAAGCAAGGGGGUGGCUUUAAGCCGAACCCACCGGACGCGGCCAGAAGUCAUCGCUGGAGUAGCUGGAGUUUCCAAGAAGACAGUCCAGAGGCUUGGGACGGCGCUCCGAGGCCCAGUCUGAGGAGUCCAGAGAUGAACCUGAAAUGGAGGCAGCCCGACCGCCCUCAGGGGUCUCCCCAGGGCAUGGCCACAGUGGGCAGAGCCCCAUGCCCAUCCCGAAGUGCCCAAGGGCCAGAGAGCGGCAGCAGCUCCCUGCAGAUGGGGAAGAUCGGCCCGGGUCAAAACCAGCUCAAGACAAAGGUGUUUGGUGGCCGCGAUGCAGAGGGAAAAGUUAUCCGGGAAGUGCCGGCGUGCCAGCCAAAGCUCAAAGAUGGCCCGUCUCUGAGAGUCCUCCCCGCAGGGAUCGACAGUAUGAAGCGCUGGAGGGAGCUUGUGGCCCGCUGCCCGCUGCUGUUUGAAGUGUUAGCCGUUCUGGACUCCGCCGUGACGCCAGGGGCGCAGGGGGCCAAGAGCUUCCUCCUGAGGGAUGGGAAGGCUACGGUGCCUUGUGUGUUCUACGAAAUCGACCGCGAACUGCCCAGACUAAUUAGAGGAAGAGUCCAUAGGUGUGUGGGGACCUACGACCCAGACAGGACGCUCUUCAGGUGUGUGUCUGUCCGUCCCGCGUCCGUUUCUGAACAGAAAACAUUCCAAGAGUUCGUCGGGGCCGCGGACGCUGCGAUGUCCCGCUGCAGCCACCUGAUGAGUGAAAUGUGAGCCCAGGACUUCGCUCACGGCUGUGCCAGGCGCGCCAGUCCUCGGACGUCGGACCGGACGAAGCGCUUUUCUGUCAUUUCUCCUCACGGGGGGGCGGGGGAGGACGGGGCCAGUUCAGGUUGUUCACUUCUUUCGUCGGAUGCCAAUAAAGCAAGUUUAA